CACACACACACACACACACACACACACACACCGCAACCACGACGGGUUCUCCGCAGCUCGCAACCACCCCAAAGGGAGGGAGAAAGAGAACAGCAGCAGAGGGAAGGGAAGCCAGGGGCAGAGAGAAGAGGGGGGAAGAGCUCAGGGUUGAACAUUUUUGGAGCUAGGGGUGGGGAGGAGAAAGAGAGCGCGCCUCCUUGAUUUUCCCCUCCCCACCCCUCUUUGCUUUUCUCUCCCCUUCGCUGUAUAGCAUUUUCCAGAAGCAGCAGCAGAAUGGGACUGAAGCCUCUGGUCUAGAAAACGGAUUUGGAGGGGUGGCAGGGGCUCCCACCAGCCGCUACCUUACAGCUAGUGCUUGAGUGUGCGUGUCAGAGUGUGAAUGCGGUCCUCUCUCUCCCUCUCUUUCUCUCUCCCCCUUCGCCCGCUUCACACCACCGUGUCAGCUAUCCCUGUCAGUUUCCCCGUGUCAGUUUCUUCUCUUGCUUAUUGUGUUUGGCUGGCUGCGUGAAGGGACUGCGAGCAUUUGGGGGGCUCACGCUGGUCCGAGAGCCCCAGGAGAAGCGAGCGAGAACACGGCAGGGGCACGGGUGGAGCAAAGAGUUUUGGGGCGCUGGUGAAGGCAAAAGGUGAGAAGGUCUGGCCAGUCGGGAACUUUGAGAUAACUGAAGAGGGGAAAAGGAAACGAAGCCUCCAGGCCCCCGGCUGUCCCAGGCGGCUGCUGUUUUUGCGCCGCGGAAGACCAGUCCAGGAAGGCUACCGCGGCACCUCGCGCCCUAGUACACCGAUCCCAGACUACACAGAUCCGAGGAAACCACUUGGCCCGGGAAAAGGAAAUGAAGACAUAAAGAAGAGAUAAUGUGUCUUGCUUGAUUUCAUGCUUCGAAUUAGUGGCAGAGUUGAGACUAGAAUCCAGUCUUCUAAUUCCCAGAAAACUAUUCUUUAAUUGCACCAUUUUAUACAUAGAGCUUUCUAAAUUGCUAUGAACCAUGGCCCAGCUAUACUACAAGAAGGUCAAUUAUUCACCAUAUAGAGACCGCAUCCCCCUGCAAAUUGUGAGGGCUGAGACGGAGCUCUCUGCCGAGGAGAAAGCCUUCCUCAAUGCUGUGGAGAAGGGGGACUAUGCCACUGUGAAGCAGGCACUACAAGAGGCCGAGAUCUACUAUAAUGUCAACAUCAACUGCAUGGAUCCUCUGGGCCGGAGUGCCCUGCUCAUUGCUAUUGAGAAUGAGAACCUGGAGAUCAUGGAGCUACUGCUGAACCACAGCGUGUAUGUGGGUGAUGCAUUACUCUAUGCCAUCCGCAAGGAAGUGGUGGGUGCUGUGGAGCUUCUGCUCAGCUACAGGAAGCCCAGUGGAGAGAAACAGGUCCCCACACUGAUGAUGGACACCCAGUUCUCUGAGUUCACACCAGACAUCACUCCCAUUAUGCUGGCUGCCCACACCAACAACUAUGAAAUCAUCAAAUUGCUUGUCCAAAAACGGGUCACGAUCCCUCGGCCCCACCAGAUCCGCUGCAACUGUGUGGAAUGUGUGUCCAGUUCAGAGGUAGAUAGCCUGCGCCAUUCCCGCUCCAGACUGAACAUUUAUAAGGCUCUGGCAAGUCCCUCACUCAUUGCCUUAUCAAGUGAGGACCCCAUCCUUACUGCCUUCCGUCUGGGCUGGGAGCUCAAGGAGCUCAGCAAGGUGGAGAAUGAGUUCAAGGCAGAGUAUGAAGAGCUCUCCCAGCAGUGCAAGCUCUUUGCCAAAGAUCUGCUGGACCAAGCUCGUAGCUCCCGGGAACUGGAGAUCAUCCUCAACCAUCGAGAUGACCACAGUGAAGAGCUUGAUCCUCAGAAGUACCAUGACCUGGCCAAGCUGAAGGUGGCGAUCAAAUACCACCAGAAAGAGUUUGUUGCUCAGCCCAACUGCCAACAGUUGCUUGCCACCCUGUGGUAUGAUGGUUUCCCUGGAUGGCGGCGGAAACACUGGGUAGUCAAGCUCCUGACCUGCAUGACCAUUGGGUUCCUGUUUCCCAUGCUGUCUAUAGCCUAUCUGAUCUCACCUAGGAGCAACCUUGGGUUGUUCAUCAAGAAACCCUUUAUCAAGUUCAUCUGCCACACAGCGUCCUAUUUGACCUUCCUCUUCAUGCUUCUCCUGGCUUCUCAGCACAUUGUUCGGACAGACCUCCAUGUACAGGGGCCUCCUCCAACUGUUGUGGAAUGGAUGAUAUUGCCUUGGGUUCUAGGUUUCAUUUGGGGGGAGAUUAAGGAAAUGUGGGAUGGUGGAUUUACUGAAUACAUCCAUGAUUGGUGGAACCUGAUGGAUUUUGCAAUGAACUCCCUCUACUUGGCAACUAUUUCUUUGAAGAUUGUGGCCUAUGUCAAGUAUAAUGGUUCUCGUCCGAGGGAGGAAUGGGAAAUGUGGCACCCGACUCUGAUUGCAGAGGCGCUCUUCGCAAUAUCCAACAUUUUAAGUUCCUUGCGUCUCAUAUCCCUGUUCACAGCCAACUCCCACUUAGGGCCUCUGCAGAUCUCUUUGGGACGCAUGCUGCUUGAUAUCCUCAAAUUCCUCUUUAUCUACUGCCUGGUAUUGCUGGCUUUUGCCAAUGGACUGAAUCAGCUUUACUUUUAUUAUGAGACCAGAGCUAUUGAUGAGCCUAACAACUGCAAGGGGAUCCGAUGUGAAAAGCAGAACAACGCCUUCUCCACGCUCUUUGAAACACUUCAGUCACUCUUCUGGUCUGUAUUUGGCCUUUUAAAUCUCUAUGUCACCAAUGUGAAAGCCAGACAUGAGUUCACCGAGUUUGUAGGAGCUACCAUGUUUGGAACAUACAAUGUCAUCUCCCUGGUAGUGCUGCUGAACAUGCUGAUUGCCAUGAUGAACAACUCCUACCAGCUUAUUGCCGAUCAUGCUGAUAUUGAGUGGAAGUUUGCAAGGACAAAGCUCUGGAUGAGUUACUUUGAUGAAGGUGGCACCUUACCACCUCCUUUUAACAUCAUCCCCAGCCCCAAAUCAUUUCUCUAUCUUGGUAACUGGUUCAACAAUACCUUCUGCCCCAAAAGAGACCCUGAUGGUAGACGAAGAAGACACAACUUGAGAAGCUUCACAGAACGCCAUGCUGACAGCCUGAUACAAAAUCAACACUAUCAGGAAGUUAUCAGGAAUUUAGUCAAAAGAUAUGUGGCUGCUAUGAUAAGAAAUUCCAAAACAAAUGAGGGGCUAACAGAAGAAAAUUUUAAGGAAUUAAAGCAGGACAUCUCCAGCUUCAGAUAUGAAGUGCUUGACCUCUUAGGAAACAGAAAACACCCAAGGAGAAGCUUUUCCACAAGCAGCACUGAAUUCUCUCAGAGGGAUGACACCAAUGAUGGCUGUGGUGGGGCUCGGGCCAAAUCCAAGAGCGUCUCAUUCAAUUUAGGCUGCAAGAAAAAGGCCUGCCAUGGGCCACCUCUCAUCAGAACCAUGCCAAGAGCCAGUGGUUCCCAGGGGAAGUCAAAAGCUGAGUCAUCAAGCAAACGCUCCUUCAUGGGUCCUUCUCUCAAGAAACUGGGUCUUCUUUUCUCAAAGUUUAAUGGUCAUAUGUCUGAACCCAGUUCAGAGCCAAUGUACACAAUUUCUGAUGGAAUCGUCCAGCAGCAUUAUAUGUGGCAGGACAUCAGAUAUUCUCAGAUGGAGAAAGGGAAAGCAGAAGCCUGUUCUCAAAGUGAAAUUAACCUCAGUGAGGUAGAAUUAGGUGAAGUCCAGGGUGCUGCUCAGAGCAGUGAAUGCCCUCUAGCCUGUUCCAGCUCUCUUCACUGUGCAUCCAGCAUCUGCUCCUCAAAUUCUAAACUUUUAGACUCCUCCGAGGAUGUAUUUGAAACUUGGGGAGAGGCCUGUGACUUGCUCAUGCACAAAUGGGGUGAUGGACAGGAAGAACAAGUUACAACUCGGCUCUAAGUCAAGUCCCUAUCACCUGUUCUGGAACUCAAAAUGAAAAUUUGUAAUUUCCUUAUUCUCAGAGGUGACAUAGAAUAUGACUCCCUCACUGGCCCCCUAGAAAGGAGAGUGAAACUCCUAUUAUUCUCACUUUUCAUAGCCACAUUCCCCAUUUUUGUUCUUGUUUUAUUAUUACUAUUAUUUGCCUUUUUAUACCUAUUAACACUAAGUCCAUCUCACAACCAACUGAAGGGGUGUUGCCCCUAAUCAGCAGAGGUGCAGUCGGGUGCUUAACCCUUUUGCUUUGCUUUCGUUUUCUUACCCUUGCUUCCUUGAAGCUACAGGUGCCACUUUGCUACUGUUGCUGCCGCACAGAUUCCUGACCUUCCUCAGGAUCUCAUGCCAUCUCCCCACAGGGCUGAGGGAUGUGGUCAGCAGUCCCCACCAGCUAUCAGAUAAGGCAAACCAACCUGCCUAUCUUUGUUACCCUUCAGUGCUACACGCUGCCCAUGCUGGUUCAAUGAACAGCAUCAAAGGGAGGCUGAACAGACUCCAAAGAAUUGUCAGCUUGUGGUUUCUAGGUAUAACUGGCCUUUUUGUUUUGUUUUGAAACACAACUUCUCAAUUGUGGGGGCUGUUGAGUUUUUGUUUCUUAAAGAUGUGUUAGUUUCUUAAUGUGUGCCAAUGAGAUAUUUACCCUAUAGUAUAUGUCAUAUCUAAUAAGUUAGGCAAAUUCCUGUGUUUGUGUAUUUCAGUUAACUUACUACAUUUUAAAAUUUGAUAGUAUUGAAAUUAGUAUUUAGGAUGUAUACUGUUUUUUAAAAACUUCUACUACACUCUAACCAAUUAUCAUUACAUCUCAUACAUUGGCAAGAAAAAAAUAAUUAGCUGGUAUAUUUAUAGGGUCCUAUCUACUGUUGAUAGUUUUAAUUAUCAUUGCUAUCAAGGCAUUUCUAAGAUAAAAGCCUGGAUUUAAAAUAUUUUUAUCAGAACAAUGAUAUCUUGCUGAGGUAUUGAAAUCUGAAAAAAAAACCCAUCUUCAUGUUAAUUAGUUGCUUUCUGGGAAAAAAAAUCAACAAAACAAUUUCACAUCUAGAUAAUCUAAUUCAGGUUGCAGUUUUAAUAUUCAUUGGGGGCAGCAGAAGUGCAUGUGUAAACUUAUGUUAGAUAUAAAACAUAACAACCCUAGCAGAUCCAUGGACCUGUGAACAUGAACCAAAUUCUACUGUCUUCAAAAAAGUACUCCUGGAGAUUAAAUUAAGAAUGCAUAGCCUAGAAAAGACAGGUUAGUUGUCACCCUAUGCUUUUAAAUGUCAAUUCCAACAGGAGCCCAUCUAAAUUCCUGUAUGUAACUUCUGGUUAAAGUAAUUAAAUAAGGAAUUUUCAAAUAAUGAAAAUAUUUCUCCAAACUAGCUUUGAACAGUAUUGUUUCUGUUGUUCAAAUUGAUUUCCAUUGCUUUCCCAAGCAUUGGGAGUGAUGGUUAAACUGUUUCACAUGGAAAAGAGUUAAAUUAGGGAGCUAGGGCAGCAAGAGUCUUGAGAUGUUGAAGAGUAAAACUCAGAUCCAAGGAAAUGAGAUCAAGCUGUGUCAAGACCCAUUUGGCAAAGGGUUGUCUCGAAAUAAUUCCUUGAUCAUAUCUGAAGUGGUCAUUUAUUCAAAUCUAACUUCUCCCCUGCUUCACUAAGUAGGAUUAUCAUAAAUGGCUCUGACAUGUUUUAAAACAGGUUACUUUCAAAAAGAAAAACAAAACAGGUUAAUUUCCAAAAGAAAGGUUUCUAAAGUUAAAGAUUCAACUUUCCUAGUGAGGCACAGUGGUACACACCUGCAAAUCCUAGUGGCUCAGGAGGCUGAAGCAGGAGGAUCACAAGUUCAAAGCCAGCCUCAACAACAGUGAGGCCCUAAGCAACUGAGUGAGACCCUGUCUCUGAAUAAAAUACAAAAUAGGGCUGGGGGUGUGGCUCAGUGGUUGAGUGUCCUGAGGCCAAUUCCCAGCAUGCCCCCACUCAAAGCUUCAACUUUCCAGUCAAAUUCAUUUGAAUAACAACAGAACCCAGAUUACAUUCCUAACUCAUACUGAUGGCACUAAAGAACAAAACCAAAAACAAUAUAUAACCCAAUUUCAUCAAAGAAAAAGAUGUCUUUUUCACAAAUAUAUGUAUGUCUGAUAAACGAGGCAUAAUCAUUCUAGGGGUUAUUUUAUCAUCAGAAAACAGAGUAGCCAAACAUGGAGUCAUGCACUAAAAUAUGACUUUUCUCAGUUUAUAUUCUAGAGAGAAUAUAAAUAUAAUCACAGUAACCAACUUUGACUAUUGAAACGAGUGUUAUAUUUCAUGGGAGUAUAUGCCUUUCCAAAUCUUCUUAUUGUCCUUGUGACAGGCUUAGGACUUCACUAGUUACCUUGAAACCUCAUUUAUGAUGGGAGUUAUGCUAAACAGCUAUUGCCCUAACUUCCAUCUUGGUGACAACAUUUUUAUUAACUCUAACUUGCAGAAAGUAGAAGGGGAAAGAGUUUUGCAUUCACUUCUUAACUUUCUGGAUCAGCUAAAAAAAAAAAACAACAUAUUUGGGGCUGGGGAUAUGGCCAGUGAUAGACUGCUUACUCACCUACCAUGUUUAAGGCUCUGAGCUCCACCCCCAGCAAUGCCAAAAAAUGUAUUUAAUAUCAAAAUACUUAAGUAUGUCCUCUAACCCCAGAGAAGGUAUAAGCCAACUUGAGAGUACAUUUACAAGCUUAAAAGCUAAAAUACAACCUGAGAGAAGAGCAAUUUUAUUCAAACCUUAUAAAAGGGGAAAUGUGUCCAGAGGAUUUGUUCAAAGGCACAGAGCUAGUUAAUAAACUCAAAUCUUCUAAAUAAUAGAAACAAGACAUUACAAAAAUAUGUAUUAUAUAUAAAAUCGUAGAUGUAUAAAUGAAAUUGCCAUUACAGAUACCUAUUUUUUUCCAUUUGCUUAACAUGUUGUAAACUCCAAAAUUUUCACUGGCAUAUUUAAAUGUAAAGUAAGGAACGUAUCACAAAGUAAAAAAAUAUAUAAGAAUCAUGUACUAAUUGAUUUUUUAAAAGUAUUCUGUGGUUUGUUUCCAUUAUAUCUGGCUUUAACUUUUAAAAACCUUGGAUUCAUUUGAGUCAGUCUCCUUGAUAUUAAGGUAAAUAUAUAGUCCAAACUGUAUUAGAAAGUGACCAGUGCUUAAGUAUAUCCUUCACUUCUAACUUUAACUCUAGUGAAGUACAAAGAUGUAGGAAAGAUUCUAAAUUCAAAAUCACUGUUUUUCAAUGACAAAUUUUAAAGAGAAUGUAAAUUCCCCAAGUUAUAUCUUUGUACUUAAGUGGGAUUAUGGAAUACUUUCCAGUUCUUUCUGCCUCCCAUAAUCAUUUAUUUUACUUUGACCUAAUUUAGACUUAAAUUGUUCAGCUAAGUCCAAAAUACCUGCCUAUAAUUUGACUAAAGAACUUAAAAAAAAUAGGACCUCCAUCUUUUUAAUGGCUUAAUACCUUUUUUUAAAAAAAGAACUUUAUAGUUCUAACAGUAGUGCAAACCUCCUCUGAACAAUGCAAAAGGUAUUUUAGAGAAAAAUAUGAAGUAAUGUCUUAGCCAGAAAAUAUAAAAACAACUGUUUGGCAUUCACACUGCAUUGUGGGGAAGAUUCAAAGUGGUGUUUUGACAGUUUUAGUGGCCCAGACCUUGAUUUGUUAAAUCAUCAGGCAAAAAGGUAUUUGAAGUUAGGCUGAAACUCCUUUCUGUUUAACGCUACAAAAGAAAACCUGAGCAUAUUAUUUUGGUAAUCAAGUUUUUAAAACAGUGCUAACAGAUCAUUUGUAGAAAGAAGUUAAUUAAAUGGUUCAAACCAUUUAAAUACCUCUUCAUACACACUCCCAACUCCUGCAGCUUUGCCCAGGGUUAUUUUAGAUUGUUUCUUUGGCUUAAGUGCUCCAAAUACCCACUUUGUAUACAACUAACCUGAGUGCCCUCAAAUUCUAUGUGAGCCUUACUUUAGUACACAGAAAUUCUAUUUCAACUAUACUGACAAUGACCCUUUCUCAAUCACCUUUCCCGAAUAGAUGAAGGUUUUGGCUUUCUUUACUUUUUCAGAUGUUCCGAAAAGUGAGAGCCUGGUCUGUGUAUGUAUGUCCAUACACAUUGAUAAUUUCCAGUCUUCUGUUAAGCAGAAUUUGAUGCAUCUGGCCUUGACCUUUCAUCCCUUUUGGUGAUCACUAAAUCAUUUUGAAAGGGAGGAGAAGCAGGGAUAACUUUUCAAUGGAAAGACACUUCCUGAGAUAUGGUGAAGUACUAAAAUGAACUACCAUGCUAACAUCCUCUACAGGACAACUGUUAUAUCCAGAGUUUUCAGGAUUUGCAGUUUCUGGUUUUAAGGGAAAAUAAUUAAGCAUUUAAGUCAGAAUAAAAAAGAACUUACCUGUAAAAAUAUACAUUUUUGACCAAAUAAAGUCUGCAUACUUCAGACUUACUACAUAUUUGAGAUAUUAGUAUUCAUAAUGCUGAUAAUGUGGCCUAUGAUUUUCCUUAGUAUGCUACUUGAUGUUCCAGAGAAGGUUGGUGGCUUUUGAGUGCUUUUACAUUUAGAAAAUGAAUGUCUACUAAACAGAGAAGUUAAUUGCAGGAACGAUGCAGGCAGCAAGCUAGAGUACAAUACCAUCUUUAAGCUCAAUAUUUGUGUUCUCUCAUUCUAGAGUGGAUUUGUCUUGUACCUGUUAAUUUAUUAGAUCUGCUAUUUUUCUAAAGAUAUACUGUCAUUGUUUGUGAUACGUAAGAAACCUAUACACAUUAAGAAUUAUAAUACAAAAUUAAGCAGAAUGCCCUUAUGUCAAAAGCUUGUUUUCUUGUCAUGUUGUGAAAGCUCUGUAGAGGCUUCCUAUUACAGUAUAAAUUAAUAGCAAGCAAAAGAUAGCCCACUGCUUUUGAUCAUUGUAAGCAACAUCUGUGUAUCUGUCCUCCCUCUGUAAAGUCUUCUUUAAAACUCAAAAGUGACUCGAUAGAACCCAAAAGGACUAACUGAAGAAGUAAAAACAGCCUAAAGUUUGGUGGUCAUCCUACCAAUUGGCAGUACAUAUUGUCCUUUGUCCAAGAAGCUGUAAAAUUAAUGCACACCCCCUCCAAAGCAUUGUCCUCAGUGGCACAUGAAUGAAUAGGUGGCAGUGUCCCUUUUAUUUAAACCUAAAUUAGCCAACUACUUGCAAGUAGCUAAACUGGGCUUGGUUAUCUUGUCUUUUCCCAUAAAGCUCAAUAUAUCCCCAAAAUAUUUAUUACCAUUGUCUUACAACCUAGAAAUCCUCUUGAUAAUUUCCAGUCUUUCACAACCCUUGCAACACAAGACAAAAAGGAUACUUUGGAUUUUUGCUAGGUUCUUGGGAGACUUAAAUGGUGAUAGUGAAGUGUCAAAAUCUUUCUAAGUAAGGACCAGUGUGGCUAAACACUUUAAAACAUAGGACUAAACCACAAAUAUGUUAAACUUCAAAAAACCAAAUUGAGAUGGAGUUGCUUGAUUGAAAUAUGUGGCUUCUAAGGAAUGGGAUGUGUGGCUCAGCGUUAGAGAACUUGCCUAGCAUAUGUAAGGCUCUGAGUUCAAUUCCCAGCACCCCCACCCAACCAAUGUUUCAGGAUUAAAAUAUUAACAUCACCAUUUUCUCCUUUAACAAAAUCCAGAAAUCAACAGUAUGUAAAAACUAGCUCAGAAUAACCUAUAAAUCAUUUUUCAAAUUUUGAGCUAUAUUUGAGUUGAAUUUCAGAAGGCAGCAAGUUCUCACCUGGGGGCACUAUAUUCAUAAAUUCAAAACAGAUACAUAGGAUUAUAUCUUGAAUUGUGCAAUAUCACAGAUUGGCUUUCAUAAAUAAUGUACAUUUUAACCAACUGGGAGGAUUGAUUUUUCCAAAUCUUAUCUAAAAAAUAAAAUGGGUUUGCUAAAACUCUGAAAGAGAAAUAAAAGCUAAAAUUGGGGGAAGGCAAUAUGGAAGAAAUGCUAGAUUAUAAAUCUGGUGUCAGGUUUUAUCCUCAUAAAUUUAGAAUAAGCAUAUAAAGUAGGUUUAUAAAGUAAUGCCAUUUUCAUAAAAUUAUCAGAAUAUAUACACUUAAAUGAAUGUUGUCCUUCCAAGUAGUCCCCUUAAGAAGCUGUACUUAUAUUCUAAUGAUGCUGCCAUUACUCACCCUAUUUUGGACUUCUACUUUUUGAGAGCUUUCAAAAUUCAAAGUAUAAUCUCUGAAUAUUAACUAGUAGGAAUUAUGACCCUUUAAGAGAAUAUUUUUAGAAAGUCAAUGUAAUUUUAGAUAAAUUUUAGUAAAAUGCUGAGUGAUCAAGCUGAGUUAUUUUAUGGGUUAAAAAAAUACUUUAAGUGGUAUUAUACAAUUGGCACCUUGCUGAAUUUUCACAAUUGUAUAUUCCCCUGGAACCAUUACUCAAUGUCAAGAUAGAUAAUAUCUGCAUUAUCCCCUAAAAAUUCCUUACUCCCCUUCACAAUCUAGACUCUAGUCUCAAAAGGUGUGUGGAGCAGUGGCAGCCAUACUGAAAUUAGCAUACAGUCCCUCCUCAAAGAUACUUUAAAGAGCAACAAUAUUCAGAUUCAGAACUUCCAGAUUUGGAAUCACAAUGAUGUAACUCUUAAAACAACUAUGUUUAAAUAGGAGAUACAUUGGGAAUUUCAAUGACUUAUGUUGUGAAAGAACUGAGAAUUAGCUCUCCAAAUCUUAUUUAUCUACAAAAAAUGACGUUUUUAAAAUGUAGAGAUUGACAACUAAGCACUUAGCAGAAAGAGGAAACAGUAAAGAAAAACCUUGGGCUGGGGAUGUGGCUCAAGUGGUAGCGUGCUUGCCUGGCAUGCGUGCGGCCCAGGUUCGAUCCUCAGCACCAUAUACAGACAAAAGAUGUUGUGUCUGCCAAAUACUAAAAAAUAAAUAUUAAAAAAUUCUCUCUCCCUCACUCUUUAUAAAAAAAAAUUAUUAAAAAAAAAAAAAAACCUUUAUCCUCCAUAGAAAAACAGAGGUGAGGAUUGUGGACUCAAGACACCAUGGUAACAGAAACAGUAGGAGGCAGCUUCAAUGGGAGGAUGGCAGUAGUUAAGUCAUUUAAACAUCACAUGUUCAGGCUAGAUGUUUCCUGUACAAGAUCUAUUCCUAUUAUUUAAAACACACUUUUACCACUUCAUGGUCACACUUUAUAGGGCUUCCUCUUACAAUAUGUAUUAAACAAUCUGUUUCAGUAACCAAGACAAUGAAGCCUGUAGUCCAAAAAGCACAGUGAUAAUCCUACUUGGUAUAUUUGGACAGGAGAAGCAGUCGGAAUGUUCAAGUGUACAGAACCACUGGAAUCAGUGGAACCAGUGGCAUUAAACAUGAAUGUUUUGAGUUCAUAAGAAGAAGUCUUCUUAACACAUUAGUCUGUGGUUUACUUAAUGUUAAAGGAAAUCCUGUAAAGAUAUGGGCCUUCUCCGGGACAAUUCAGUUGAGGAUAUAUACAUCCAUCCUUCUCAAGGGAAAAUAUAUAAAUUUGUAUUCAUUUCUUCUAAUAUAAGAAUGUACACUAGAGAGAGUAUUCAAGAAGACAGCAACAUCUGAACUCUUCACAUGAUUCUAUUUCUAUAAGAUUUCUCAAAAUUGAAGUUCAAAUUGAAGAUGGGAAGUUUCUUCCUAGCCAAAACAGUGAAUACACUUCAAUGCUACAGGAUGAGUUGAUACCAGGAAAAGAAAUGCUAGAAAAGACAGGCUAUGCUUAAUUCACUUUCUCAGUCUAGCUGGUAACCCAUCACACAUAACAAACCAUAAUGAAAAUGUUUGUGUCAAAUUUAAGGUUAAAAUGGAAUCUCCUGAGCUUAAUUCAUAAAAAGGCAAAUUUCCAAAAUGUGUUUGUGCAAAUGGCAUUUUGACUUUGCAGACUAUUUUAAAAACUAAAACUUCUUUGAGUAACUAUUACUUUUAUUUAAAUACUUUCUGUAAGAAGUGCAAAGUUAGUGUCAACUGUGUCAAAAACAAUCUUGUAUAAUAAUUUUGUGUAUUUUUAGCUUCAGUAUAAACAAAAAUAAAGCAUUUACUCCCCCCAAAUGUAUGGCUACUUAGAUUUAAGGUGUUUUGUUCUUCUCUUUUCCAAUGUAAUCAUUUAUGGCUAUUAAUAAACAUAUAUGAACAACA